CAUCUUUAGGGUUUCUACAAAUAGGAAAUGUGGGACCGUGAUGCGUUUUCGGUGGGCAUUUCAUAACAUCCUUCCUUGAUAAGCAUUGUCAUACAUCGUUGCACGAGCUCGAGCUGGCCAUGGCGGACAAGGAUUCCGAGAGGUUCGUGUUGCGGGCACUUGCAAUUUCCGACUUCGACAAAGGUUUCAUGCAGCUGCUGGGGCAGCUGACCGUCGCGGGGGCCGUCUCAGAGGAGCAAUUUGGUGAGAGGGUGAAAUAUCUUCAAGAGCUUGGAGAUGAUCACUAUGUUGCUGUGAUCGAAGACACAGAGAAAGGCCAGAUUAUAGCAACCGGAUCCGUCUUAAUAGAGCACAAAUUCUUGCGCAAUUGUGGCAAGGUGGGACAUAUUGAGGAUGUUGUGGUCGAUCAGACUGUGCGAGGCCAGCGUCUUGGUCAAAGGUUAUCUUGGAUUGCUCCGUUGAAAAUGCAGCCUUUUAUGAAAAAUGCGGCUACAAAAGAAAGGAAAUUCAAAUGGCUGCAUACUUCUAAAUAUUAAGAUUUUUGGAUUGUCUUUGUUGCUCUAUGAUUCUAAGUUACAUUUUGUUGCGCUGCUACAUCAUGAGUUAUGAAUCUACAAUUUCAUGUCAUUCAUUCUCAAGUGGUCUAAUUCAGUCACGCUUCACUUGAACACUUUUGGUUCAUGGAGUGCAUGGCAAUCGCUCCUAUGUUCAACUCAUUAAAAUCAGUGCUCAAAGCACUUUAGAAAUGAAAGAGAAGCGUUGACACAAUAGAUAGUGGACUAUUUUGAUGUGCUUUAGCCAAGUAUCAUUAUUGAAGCUGUCCAUUACAAAA